CCAAAGAAAACCAUUCACGUCAUUGUCCAGCGACCGUUGGCAGUGUCGCCGGUUUUGAAAAAGGAGAAAUGGACUGUUAAUGAUUGGCGAGUUUGAUUUACUGUUUAACGCAAGCAAUGAGAUCCGCAAUCAACGCUUACAGCCGUUCCAUGAAAUCCGACAGACCAACCAUUUAUAUACCAUUGACAGUAUUGUUGUGUGCGGGACUUUUAGCAAUCAAGGCUUGGGCUCAACAAAUCAACGUGUAUCUCCUUUUAAUAUCAGUGAGGCUCACAGGAACCCGUAUUUUACUCUUGAGCAAACAAUGAACCUCUUUAAACAAUAUGCAGAGGACGGGAGGAAAACAAUAGAUGAUCAGAUUGUUCACGACAUAUUCUUAAGGUCGAAUGGUCAUCCAGGAAUGAUUUGUUUUUGCGGACACUCCAUUUAUGAGAAACCUCGCUCGAAAGUCAUCAAUUCGACGAAUCAUCUCAAUUACGAUACAUGGCAGAACUUCUCCGCAGACAAUCAGAAUGAGAGAAUGCUUUCGUACCACACUUUCAGAAGGAUAGUCGAUUCACUAUUGAGUGAAUCAGUUACAGGUGCUGUUAAUCUUCUUCGAACACAUUUUUUUGGAUAUCUCGACGAUGUACCUAUCUCAAACUUGGAAAAACAGAGAUUGGCAGACUUUCUAACUGCAGAAGGGGCACUAAUAAAAGUUGAUGGCAAUAAUUACCGUAUGGCCUCAGCUUUCAAUGACUCGUUUGCGAAGAGACACAUUAUCCCAUCAAAAUAUCCCCACUCUCCUUCAGAGUCGCCCCCAAAGGAAAGAGUGAGGAUCAUUGGAUAUUCUGAAGACUAUGAAGGUUGCUCUUCGAUUUUUCGAUAGAAGCUUGAUUAUGCAGGCGGAAGGUCGAUCAUACAAAGAUCAGAGAAAACUGUUAAGGUUAUGGGCAACUACAAUGUCGACGUCCCUCGGGAGAGCGUCUAUGACACGGAAUUGAUGAGAGUUCUCACCAACUGGCUAAGCAAAACAGAAGAACAUGGGA